AUGGAGCCUGCAAACCACACAACCGUGACAGAGUUCAUCAUUCUGGGACUGACAGAUAAUCCCACCCUGUGUGCCAUCUUCUUUGUGGUGUUUCUAGGAGUUUAUAUCGUCACCGUCGUGGGAAAUAUCAGCAUAAUCGUCUUAAUCCGGAGCAGCCCGCAGCUCCACACCCCUAUGUACCUCUUCCUCAGCCACCUGGCCUUCGUGGACGUGGGCUACUCCACGUCCGUCACACCUGUCAUGCUGGUGAGCUUCCUAAGGGAGACCACCGCCAUCCCGGUCUCGGGCUGCAUAGCGCAGCUCGGCUCUGACGUCGCCUUUGGGACCGCGGAGUGCUUCCUGCUGGCCGUCAUGGCCUAUGACCGCUACGUGGCCAUCGGCUCGCCCCUGCUCUACCCCCCGCCCCUGGCCCCGGGGGUCUGCCUCCGCCUGCUGGGGGCCUCCUACCUGGGCGGAUGCAUGAACGCUUCAUCCUUCACGGGCUGUUUGCUGAGCCUGUCCUUCUGUGGGCCAAACAACAUCAACCAUUUUUUCUGCGACCUCUUCCCGCUCGUGCAGCUUUCGUGUGGCCACGCUUACGCCGCCGAAAUCUCUCCUGCCGUCUCCUCCGCCUCGGUGCUCGUCAGCACACUGGCUGCCAUCACUGCGUCCUACGCCUCCGUCCUCCGCUCCAUCCUGCGAAUGCGCUCCACCGAGGGGCGCAAGAAGGCCUUCUCCACCUGCACCUCCCACCUCACUGCCGUCACUUUGUUUUAUGGGACCGUUCUGUUUGUUUACGUGAUGCCCAAAUCGAGCUAUUCAGCGGAUCGGGUCAAAGUGGCCUCUGUAAUCUACACGGUGGUGGUGCCCAUGCUGAACCCCCUCAUCUACAGUCUGAGGAACACGGAGGUGAGAGAGGCCGUGCGAAGGCUGACGGCUGGAACACACUGCUGUCCCUGA